AAUAGGCCGAAGGCGAAUGAAAUUUUGUUGGAUCCAUUACAAGUCAAAGCUAAAGGUUCGGGGGCUAAAAAAUCUAAAAGGAAGAAAGGAGAACCACGACAGUGUAGCAAUUGCGGUGAAUUUGGCCACUAUAGGACCCGAUGCCCACAUCCUGUUGGCUAUGUGAAGCCAACCUCAAACGGUGAUGCCCCGAAUGAUGGUGUUUCGGAAGAAGGUGGCGGUGGCGAUGACACCGAUGUUGAUCCUCCCAGCACUCAAGAUCAGUCGGAAACAGUACAGAAGAGAAGGCAAAAGCAUUGCAGUAAGUGCGGUUCUACCAAUCAUAAUGCAAGAACGUGUACUGGGUCUGGGCCAUCCGAUGAUGAAAAUGACGAUGAUGAAAAUGACGAUGACGACGAUUAUGAGCAACCUAGGAAGAGGCCUGUUACAAGAAGUAGCAAACUAAGGAUUGUUGAAAACUUGGAGUGAAGAUGGACGUCCUUAUCCUAUUCGGAUUAGGACUAAUGGACUAUGUGAAGACUGCCAGUAUCAGCUUGAAGCGGCGUCGUUUGAUUUAUAAGAAGAC